AUGGUCCACCUGGCUGCCGUUGCCAAUGAUGCCGACGCAGGCCAGGCGUUCGACGAGAAGUUCGAGGAGCUCACCAUCGGCCUCCCCGACGACAAUGACUUCACGGCGAGUGUCUACGGCAGCAAGUUCGCAGCCGUGGACAUCCCCAAGCAUAAGAUGCCGGACGAUGAGAUGCCGAGGGACAUUGCUUACCGCCUUAUCAAGGAUGACUUGACUCUUGACGGCACUCCUACUCUCAACCUCGCCUCCUUCGUGACAACCUACAUGGAAGAAGAAGCCGAAAAGCUCAUGGUCGACUCCUUCUCCAAGAACUUCAUCGACUACGAACAGUACCCCGUCAGUGCGGACAUCCAGAACCGCUGCGUCAGCAUGAUUGCCCGUCUCUUCAACAUCCCCGCCCACGACGACAAGACCAACGCCAUGGGCACCUCCACUAUCGGCUCCUCAGAAGCCAUCAUGCUGGCCACCUUGGCCAUGAAGAAGCGCUGGCAGAACAAGCGGAAGGCGGCUGGGAAACAUUACAGCAGGCCGAACAUUGUCAUGAACUCUGCUGUGCAGGUGUGCUGGGAGAAAGCGGCGAGGUACUUUGACGUUGAGGAGAAAUUCGUCUACUGUACCAAGGACAGAUACGUGAUCGACCCAGAAGAGGCGGUGAACUUGGUGGAUGAGAAUACGAUUGGUAUUUGCUCGAUCUUGGGUACGACUUACACUGGCGAGUAUGAGGACACCAAGGCCAUCAACGAUCUUCUAAUCGAGAAGAACAUUGACUGCCCGAUUCACGUGGAUGCAGCAUCCGGUGGCUUCGUCGCACCUUUCGUCAACCCGAACUUGGUAUGGGACUUCCGCCUGGAGAAGGUUGUCUCGAUCAACGUCUCUGGCCACAAGUAUGGUCUUGUCUACCCUGGUGUGGGUUGGGUGGUCUGGCGUGACCCCGAGUUCCUUCCGAAGGAGCUCAUCUUCAAUGUCAACUAUCUGGGCGCCGACCAAGCCUCCUUCACCCUCAACUUCUCCCGCGGCGCCAGCCAAGUCAUCGGCCAAUACUACCAGCUCAUACGCCUGGGCAAGAAAGGCUAUCGUAGCAUCAUGUCCAACUUGACCCGCACGGCGGACUACCUUGCCCUCUCCGUGCAGAAGAUGGGCUUCAUCCUCAUGUCCAAGACCCGUGGCCAAGGCCUUCCCCUUGUCGCCUUCCGCCUCAACCCCGAGGAUGGACACAAGUUCGACGAGUUCGCCAUCGCUCACCAGCUCCGCGAGCGCGGCUGGGUCGUGCCAGCGUAUACGAUGGCGCCGCAUAGCGAGACCAUGAAGAUGAUGCGUAUCGUGGUGCGGGAGGACUUCUCGCGGAGCAGGUGUGAUGCGCUGGUGGCGGAUCUGCAGAUGGCGGUACACGAGUUGACAAAGAUGGAUGACAAGAAGCUGGAGCAGCAUGCGGAGCACAUGAAGGGGCAUGGGUUGAAGAAUGGGCGGAGGAAGGGCAUGAAUCAGCAUUACACUGAUGAGAAGCACAGCUUGCAGGGGAAGCAUGGGAAGUCGCAUGCGGUGUGCUGA